UGCAGCGCAUUUAACGAAAAAAAAGGCUGAAACUUUUUGCUGCUGCUCAAAAAAAAGCUCAUUUUAAAUGGCUUUGUAUAUUUUAAAAUAGACAUAGUUAAAGGUGAAAGUGUAAAGUUAGCAUAACUAGUGUUGUUAUAUGAUGAAGAAAAGAAUGUUUUUAAAACAUUCAUAAGGCGUUUUUAGCUCAAGCUUCUCAUAAGAGCAGCACACGUACGCACACGCAACACACACGCACACAUAUAGAGAGCAGACACUCACACACACGCCGCGGUAAACGCAAAACAAGUUCUAAUAAGAAAAGCAAAGCACACGACGACAACGGCGAACACAAAGCAAAGAGAAGCAACAGCUUGCUUUGGCGUGCAGUUUCCACUUGGACUUCAUGAUGGGCACCAGCAGCGGCAUUAAAACCGAAGAACCCCGAGCAUUGGGCCUGAAUCACUCAAGCGGCAGCAGUAGCAGCAAUAACAACAGCACUGCAGCAGCUGUGGCGGCCGCAGUGGCAGCCGGAAAUGCAGCAAGUUCAGCGGCCGCUGCCGCCUCCCUCUCGUCCGUAGAAUUGUGUCUAGUGUGCGGAGAUCGGGCGUCGGGUCGCCACUAUGGUGCCAUUAGCUGUGAGGGCUGCAAGGGAUUCUUCAAGCGCUCGAUACGCAAGCAGCUGGGCUAUCAAUGUCGCGGGGCCAUGAACUGUGAGGUGACCAAACACCAUCGCAACAGGUGUCAAUUCUGUCGGCUGCAAAAGUGUUUGGCCAGCGGCAUGCGAAGUGAUUCCGUGCAGCACGAACGAAAACCGAUUGUGGAUCGCAAAGAUGGCCUCGCUUCCAGUUCCAGCAGUGGUGGCAUCUCUGCCUCUGGCUCCAGUGCAACAGGUGGCAGCUCUAGCGGUUCCGUGGCCAACAAAUCCAGUUACCAACAAGUGCGAGUAAAGCAACAACAACAGCAGCAGCAACAACAACAUGCAUCAUCUGUGGCAGCUGCUGCAGCGAGCGCUGCGCUAUUUCAGCAUGCGGCCACGCCCCCCGUGUCAAGCACAGCCAACUCGACGCCCUUUGGUCUUAACGAGAAUCUAUUCCCAAUGGGCCUGAACUUUGCCGAGCUCACACAGACGCUGAUGCUCGCUUCACAACAACAGCAACAGCAGCAGCAACAAGCUGCCAGCAGCAAUGCUCCCAGUCACUGCUAUUCACCCGAGUUGGCCAAGCCGGAACUCGACGAGGAUGACGAUGAUUCCAUGGACAAUAGCAGCACACUUUGCCUGCAACUGUUGGCCAACAGUGCCAGCAAUAAUAACUCACAGCACUUGAAUUUCAAUGCGGCUGCAGCCGCCGCAGCAGCAGCAAACGUUGAUGCCACCAGCACAUUACCUACACCCGCCACUGUGGGAUUGAUUCAGAGCACGCUGGAUAAGCGAGCGAUUGACAAGGCGCUGCAAUUGUUGCAACCUAUACAACAGCAGCUGGAUCGCAGCCAGAGCAGUCAGAACACAGCAGCUGGGCUGAGCAUUAAACCCGAAUGCGAAUCGGAUGCCGAGGACAGCGGCACAGAGGAUGUGGAUGCUGAUCUAGUGGAGCACAUGGAUCUGGACUUCGACUAUUGCAAUCGUGGGGAUUUUGUGGCCAACGAAGCCAUCUUUGAGCAGGAACUGUUUCCAUCGGAGGCACAAUGCGCCUUCCAUGUGCAACCUCCUACUUUGGUGCACUCUUAUCUGAAUAUGCACUAUGUGUGCGAGACGGGGGCCAGGAUCAUCUUCUUGACUGUACACACCUUAAGGAAAGUGCCCGCCUUUGAGCUACUCGAUGCUCACACACAGAUGAAACUGCUUCGCGGCUCUUGGCCAGCAUUGCUGGCAGUGGCAUUGGCUCAAUGCCAACGCCAAUUGGCCGUCUCGACCAUCAUUGGCCAGCUGGUGCAUAGUGUGCGUCAGGUGGCGGAUAUCGAUAAGAUUGAACCACAAAAGAUUGCGAAGCUGGCGCAGAUUACGCGCACCAUUCACGAUUUUGUGCAGGAGUUACAGUCGCAGGACGUGACCGACUUGGAGUUUGGCCUUUUGCGUCUCGUGUUGCUCUUCAAUCCGCUGCUGCUGCAGCCGAAUCGUCGAGAGCGCUCACUGCGUGCCUAUGUGAAGCGUGUUCAGCUUUAUGCGUUGGCCACUUUACGACGCCAGAGUGGAGGAGAGGAGCGUGCAAAUGGUUUGUUUGCUAGUCUGUUGCCGUUGAGCGGCUUGGAGUCGGAGCUAACUGAAGAGCUGUUCUUUGCCAAUCUUGUGGGGCAAAUGCAAAUUGAUUCAAUGAUUCCCUUCAUUCUGAUGAUGUGCAACAGCAACGGACUGUAAGACGGAAGAUGGCACUAAAAAAAAAGCAAGACUGAUUGGGCAGCAUUCGAAGGCGAAGGGCGGGGCCAAGCUGCGCAUAUUGCGGACAAUACUUAGUUGAUAAUUCAUAUAAAAACUCUAUAUACAUAUUACAUAUUAUACAAAUUGCAUUAUGAAUUUUAAAACAUUUGAAAUGUGUUUUCAAUCAGUGUGGCAACGCCGUCAAGGUUUCGUCUAUUUGCAAUGAAUGAAAGUUUCGUUAAGCUGAGUUUGGUGAGGGAAGCUACUUUUAAAAUGAGCGGAGCUGCAAGUUUCAAAUGAGCCCUAGAUUUUGCAUGUUUGUUAAACGCAUAUUGAAAACAAUUCUUGAUUAUAGUUCCAAAGUCGUAUUUUAUAAAUUAUUUUAUUGCAUUAUGAAAUUUCAAACAUAAUUCUUUCAUUUUGUCACUCAAUUUAAAUGCUGUGAAGUUGACAACGCGGCUAAGGCUUCUUCAUUGUGAAGUUGGCAACGCCUAAAAGCUUCGUUAAGUUGUGUUGGCUGCGCCAGCAGCUUUCGUUGCAAUUUUACACAUAAAGUGCAACAAGUGCGUGUUGAUAAACUAAACUAAUAUAAUUAUAAAAUGCUGCUGCAUCAUUGCGCUGGUGCAGCUUCGCUCUGUGGCUGUUUUUUGACGGGUCUGUUCGCGUUGUGGAUCUCAUCGUUGGCGCCUUCGCGAUUGCGCGCUAUUUCAAUGGCCAAAAAUUGGACACGAAACACAAAUAUCGAGUUGUCAGGUGAGAAUUCCUUGCUGGCAUCCGCUCGCAUUAAUGUGCCGUAUGAGUA